UUUUCUCUCUCUCACACACACUCACCACAAUCAUGAUUCUUCCACCUCCCCCGAAAAAAAAGAACUCCAGCAAUUCCUUCCUACACAGGGUCUAUUAAUGUCACCCACCUACCCUCCUCGAACAGCAACAUCACCUGCAAAAAGCAUGAAGGUACAGCUACAGAAGCAGCAAGAAAGGACUCUUUACUGAGGAUCAUUAGUGCUUUUGUUCCCAACAUCCCAGGAAGCUCAGAGAGGGCUGGUAAGAAACAACCUCUAUGCUACACUGAAAUAUUUUCCAUUUCAAGCUCAGAUCGUUGGAGCCUCACAACAUAACAGUUCUGCACCGGUGAUCUAUACAUUUGAGGUUUCUGGGCUGAACCACAGCUUGAAACCCAUGCAGUCCUCUCUAUUGGAGUUCUUAUGAAACCAGGACAGCAGGGUACUUUGCUAAGGUGCAGACAGGUAUGCGAUUAGAUCUGACACCGUAACCAGGCUGCUUCUAUAUCAUUCUGUUGCCAUUGUGCAUGUCAACUUCUAGACAAACCCAAACAUCUAGGAAAUUCUUUGCUAUGGCAUCCAAGCCAGAGAAAUAUGAUCUGGGGAUGAGAUAAUGAGAUCAUUUGUAUUGUGUAUAGGAAAAAAGAAAUUGAGACAGUAAAUCAGUUCUGUAGCCAAACUCGCCGUCUGAGGAGCAGCAACGAAUCCCCAAUGGAACUUUGUGGAUUAUGUGCUUUGUAGCCUGGAAUAAGGGAUCGUUACUUGACAAGCUUUGGGAAAAAAGGCUAUAGGUGACAAAAAUAAUAAAUUGCAACAAUUAUCUGACAUUGAUUUCCAUAUCCCUUUAAUCUGGUUGUUUUUUCGUAUUAUGUCGGCUCUCCGAAGGAAAUUUGGGGACGAUUAUCAGGUAGUUACCACUUCAUCCAGUGGCUCUGGUUUCAACCAAGCUGCCCCAAAAAAGAAAAGACAGAGGUUUGUGGAUAAAAACGGCCGAUGUAAUGUUCAGCAUGGGAACCUGGGGAGUGAGAACAGCAGAUACCUCACUGAUUUGUUCACUACUCUUGUGGACCUUAAAUGGCGCUGGAACCUUUUUAUUUUCAUCUUAACUUACACAGUGGCCUGGCUCUUUAUGGCAUCCAUGUGGUGGGUUAUUGCCUACAUCAGAGGGGAUCUUAAUAAAGCACAUGAUGAAAAUUACACACCUUGUGUGGCCAAUGUCUACAACUUUCCCUCUGCUUUUCUCUUCUUCAUAGAGACAGAGGCCACAAUUGGUUAUGGAUUCAGGUAUAUCACUGAUAAGUGCCCAGAAGGAAUUAUCCUCUUCCUCUUCCAGUCCAUUUUAGGUUCCAUCGUUGAUGCCUUUCUCAUCGGCUGUAUGUUUAUAAAGAUGUCACAACCCAAAAAGAGAGCUGAGACUUUAAUGUUUAGUGAACAUGCUGUUAUCUCCAUGAGAGAUGGCAAACUCACCCUCAUGUUCAGGGUGGGCAACCUCCGAAACAGCCAUAUGGUUUCUGCUCAGAUUCGGUGUAAAUUGCUAAAAUCACGCCAGACACCUGAAGGGGAGUUCCUUCCCCUCGAUCAACUUGAAUUGGAUGUAGGCUUUAGCACAGGGGCUGACCAGCUUUUUCUUGUUUCCCCACUUACAAUCUGCCAUGUGAUUGACACAAAGAGUCCCUUCUACGAGCUCUCACAGCGAUCCAUGCAAACAGAACAGUUUGAAAUUGUUGUCAUCCUCGAAGGCAUUGUGGAAACUACUGGCAUGACUUGUCAAGCAAGGACCUCUUACACAGAAGAUGAAGUUUUAUGGGGACAUCGCUUCUUUCCAGUUAUUUCCUUGGAGGAAGGAUUCUUUAAAGUUGAUUAUUCACAGUUCCACGCAACCUUUGAAGUUCCAACAGCUCCUUAUAGUGUUAAAGAACAGGAAGAUAUGCUUCUGAUGUCUUCUCCUUUAAUAGCACCAGCAGUAAACAACAGCAAAGAGAAAAAUAAUUCCAUAGACUGUCUGGAUAGCCUCGAUGACCUAAGUACAAAGAUGCCACCAAAACUACAGAAAAUAACUGGCAGAGAGGACCUGCCAAAAAAACUUCUCAGGAUGAGCUCUACAACAUCCGAGAAAGCAUAUAGCAUGGGCGAUUUACCAAUGAAACUUCAGAGAAUAAGUUCAGUUCCUGGCAAUUCAGAAGAAAAACUUGUAAUAAAAACCACAAAAAUGAUGUCAGAUCCAAUGAGUCAAUCAGUAGCCGAUUUACCACCAAAGCUUCAAAGAUUGUCUGGUGGUCGGAUGGAUGGAAACCUGCCACCAAAAUUACGGAAAAUGAAUUCUGACCGUUUUACAUAACACAAACUUUUAGGCAUUAAUUAAAGUGUGAAUUGCUAAGGACUCAAUAUUAAAUACACGGGAGAAGCUGUACCAAUGCAGUUCUUCUUAAAAUAUAUAGAACGCAUUUUCUUUGUACAACAUCCAAACCUGGCAACAUGCUAAUGCUAAGGUAGUAAGGACUGUAUUGUACAUACAGUAUAGUGCUUUGAUAAAAGACCUAUAAUGUUUUUAUGGUCUUACUGAAACUAAAGUAAUACUAACUGGCAUGCAGUAUCACAUGACGCAUGCAAUAAUAGUGUGCAUAUUUUGCAUAUAGUUUUAUGGCAUGAUUCUUAAUUUUUACUGUAUAAUCUAAAAAAACAACAAAAAACAAAAAAACAAAAGAAAAGGGGCAUUAAAAUCCCCAUAUUUUUUAAGACUAGUAGAUCUCAUAAGAAUGGUUAUCUCUAAGGGCAAGGUUUUAUUUAAGCUAAUUUAAUAUUCAGAUGUAGAUUGUUUAUAUUUGUUAUUGCAAGUAAUUUAAGAGCAUGUGUUCUUUCUUAAAGCAGAAAUUCCACGCAACCUCUAGAAUUUUGCUUGAAAACUUAGGAGUAAAAUAUUUCAAGAUUUUGCAGACCUUUAUAAACUGUAUACUCUGUAAACAUGCAGAAUGCCAUAUAUAAAUAUGUAAGGGCUUGACAUAGGAACAUCAGGCUAUAGAUCCUUCAGCAAUUACGAAAGACUUCUCUGCCAAAGGCUGGCUAAGGAUGCUGGAAUCGAGUCAAUUCAGCUAUAGUGUUGAAUUCUAUUUUAAUAUACUCCAUUUGCUGACCUAUUUACAGUGUAUUUAAGAUUGCAAUGCUUAUUAUAACCAUAUUGGGAACUGAAAGCUAAGGAGUAGCAAAAGUUAUCAUUGCAUUGAGACAAGUAAAUCUCUAGUCACAUGAUAGGUCAUUCAAUUCAGCUUAUUUUUUUGGUUUAGCUAACCUUACAUUUUGAUAUGAUCCUAAAGGGCACUUGCAGCGCAAUGACAGGGAUGAGCUUGAUGAUUGAUAAAUCAGCAAUGUAAUAAGUAUAAACUAUUUGUAGCUCUUGACAUCUUGACCUAACAUAAUCAGUGUGAAGAAGCAAGAUAACUCAUUAUUGCCAUGAAUUAUUUUGCAUUAUUUAGUUUUGGAAGAUGUUUCAGAUAUGAAAAAAUUACACAGGGCUACGUAAAUUAAAUGUGGCAGAGCACAAUAAGUUCAACUACUAGGAACUAAAUCAUUCAGAUGAUUCAAGCAUUACUUGAGAAAGCCUUGGGCUAAGCUUGUAGAUGAGUCCAUAGGUUAUUUCUAUUGAUGUCCAGGCAAAAUGUCUGCUCCCUGGAAAAUGAACGGGAUUGGUUUGUAUUUACAGUAUAAGAGGCCUUGGAGCUCUUUUAUAUGUAAGCCAUAUUUUACAAAACAUUUUCAGGCAUCACAUUGAAUUUUGAAUUGAAAUUUCGAAUUUUUGAAUUUGAAUUAGUGAG